AUGCUAUAUUUACCAGUUGUAUAAGGUAUGCCUAAAUCCCAAGACUUGAAUCCAAUAGGUUUUAGAACUCCUUUUGAUGUCGGAAUAAAAUUCGAAAAUAUAACAAUUUAUACUAGUGAUAAUAUUAAACUGCAUGGUUGGAUAUGUAAAUUAGAAAAUUCAUAAAAUGUACCUACAGUUAUAUAUUUUCAUGAAAAUGCAGGAAAUAUUGGAACUAGAAUACAUUAUUUAAAAAAAUAUUAAUAAUUAGCAAAUGUUAAUAUAGUAUUAAUAGCUUAUAGAGGAUAUAGCAAUAGUGAUGGAUCUCCUUCAGAAUAAGGAUUAUAAAAUGAUUCAAUUGCAAUUCUUAAUCAUAUAUUUAGUAGAAAUGAUAUUAAUACAGAAUAAAUAUUUAUUCAUGGAAGAUCUUUAGGAGGAGCAUUGACAAUAUAUGUUGCCGCAGAACAUAAUUAUAAUGUUAAAGGUUAUAUUAUCGAAAAUACAUUUACUUCAAUUUCUGAUAUGGUUGAUAUAGUUUUUCCUUAACUUAAAUACAUUUAAUUUAUUAAAAAUAAACUUAUAACAAAUAAAUGGGAAAGUAUAAAUAGAAUUGAUAAAAUUCAAAAGCCAAUACUUUUUAUUGCUUCUUUAAAAGAUUAAUUAGUUCCUUCUUAAUAAAUGUAUAAAUUAUAUGAAAAAUGUAAAAGUUAAUAUAAGAAUAUGUAUACUAUUUAAGAUGGUGAUCAUAAUAAUAGUUGGAAUGUUGAUCCUUAUAAUUAUUUUAAUUAAGUGUAAAAAUUCAUGAAUAUAAGUUUAUAGAAAUGA